AGUAGUUGCUUUUACGAUAACUUAAUGAUGAGUGGAUUUCAAAAAUUUGCAGAAAAAUGUAGGAAAUAUGCCUUAAUUACCUUUGAUAAUGAAGAUUUAUUUAACUUUUCUAUGGAUGAUCCGUAUGAAUUCAGAUUAGAUGAGAUAAUUAAAGAUUUAAAUGAGAAAAUUCAUUAUCAAACAGAAUUUCUUAAGAAUAUCAAAGAAUCUAAUGUAGCCGUGUCAGAUUCUUAUUCUUUUCAAAAAUUGGCAGAUCUUGAGAAGAACACAAAAAAUCCCAGAGAAAGAUUAGCAUGGAUAAAACAUUAUGCAAAUCUAUAUGAAGAAUUAUCACGGACGGUUGAUUUUACAAUUGAUGAUGAUUUUAUUACUAGUUUACUUGCUCGGCAGAAAAUUCAAAAAAAUACAACAGAAGCACAAUUGACUAUGAAAAUAUUGGAAAAACGGUUGAAAAAGACAUUGUCCAUCAUUGAGAGAGAGCAAAAAAUAUUGGAAGAAAGUAAAAUAAUUGGAUCUUUAUUAGAUGAAAGAUUAAAAAAGCUGGAAAAACAAAGUCAAAGAAGCUCUCAAGAGAUAUUAAAUGAAUGUCGUAUGAAUGUAAAAGAAGCUGAACGAUCAGUUAAUAAGUUUAUGCGUGAGCUUGUUAGGUUUAUUGAUGAAGAAUUGGGUGAUAUAUUGCUUGCAGAACAAUCUGGCGCAGCAGUUGGACAUGCAGAUUUACCUGAAAAAAAACAUACUAAGUUGCCGGCAGAAUCAGGUCAAUCAACAUUAGAUAAACAUGUCUCUAUACAACAGAAAGAUAAAAUUACUCUUUGCAAUUCUACAAAGGAAUUACUUGAGAAUUUGAUGAAUCAAUCAGUUUUGCCAGGCGCAGAUCCAUAUAUGAUAGUUGAAGAUUCAGUAAUAGGAAGAAUUUUAUUACGUUCAGGAUUAGUUAUGCUACAUAACAAAGAUGCGAGAAAAAUGAGAUUAGUAGAGUUUCAGCGAGAAAUAGAUGAAAUGUCUUUUAUCUAAAGUAUUAAUAUAGCGUUUUUAUAUGAUUCUUCAAAAUGUAAAAUAUAUUUUAUUCAUCAAUUUCCAUUUCAUCAUUAAUAUCUACAGUGGUAACAUAUUUUUUGAUAUCUCUUUUAAUUAUUGCUGUAGUCCCUCUCUCGAUUUUAUAGCACCUUUCUUUAGGUGCCCGCUCAUUUGGUUUGAGAUAAUUACGAAGAUAUUGUGCCUGGUUAUAAUUAAAAAUAGACUUUUAAAUAAUAAAAAAAACCUUUUCCUUUUCUAUGACAA